ACCAAUCACAAAUCCGGUACCAUUUGACUCUCGUACGUGGGAGGUGAUAUCCAGUACACAACUAGAAGCGGGUACCUUGUUGUGAACUGAUUAUUUUAAUGUGUUGCACAUAAUUUGCAGUGAUAAUGUAACAAGGAACAUCAAAACAAACAUGUCUAUUUUUCAUCCUGUGGACCUAACUUAGCGUUGAUCGCACAGAUCAACGUUUAUUUGUGUAGGGCAUUCGUGCCCUGAACCAAUAUGGCGAUUGUGUAUUUAUUUUAUUUGUGUAUCAUAGUAAAUUUAGGUGGAUUUACAGAAAUCGGAACGUUAGCAGAGAAUUUGAGAUGCCCAUCACAGUGUUCAUGUCUUGGAAAUUUCGUUGAUUGCUCUCGGCAAGGUUUAAUCGCUGUUCCAAAGGAUCUGCCGAUCUGGGUUACACGAUUAGAAGUACAAUAUAAUGCCAUAUCAGAAUUAAGAAGUGAAGAUUUUAGAGGACUGAAAAACUUAACCCUUCUGGAUGUCAGUAACAAUGAAAUCAAAUUUCUAAAUGGUUCGGUCCUGGAACAUCUUUCUGGUCUACAACAGUUAAAAUUAAACCACAAUAAAUUGACAGAGUUUCCAAAGUUGCUAGCAUUGCCAUCUCUCUUGUCCAUAGAAGCGAAUCAUAAUCGAAUAACAUUUAUUGCCCAGGAAUUCUGCUUGCAAAUGCCACAGUUAAAGGCAAUAGAAAUGAACAACAAUUAUAUUACUGAUAUUUCUCCUGGUGUAUUUCCUGUCAAUAAUGUUAUUCACAAAAUAAACCUGAACAAUAACAGGUUAGAAACUCUAGAAUCUGGUUGCCUUGACAACUUGACAUCUAUAGAAGUUCUAAAGAUGAACAAGAACAGAAUAGAUAGAAUACCGAAAAAAUUGUUUGACAAAUUAACACAGCUGAAAACUCUGGAAAUAACCAAGAAUCGACUGUCAAGGUUAGAUGGAAUGUCUUUCAAAAAUUUAAUUCAUCUCCAAACGCUGAAACUUAGAAAAAAUACAAUAUCAACAAUGAAUGAUGCUACUUUCUUUGGAUUAAAAGAACUGAAUACCUUACUACUGGAUCACAACAAUAUUACCACUGUUUCCAGUAAAUGGCUGUACGAUUUGAAGUCUCUUAAAGAAAUCUCUCUCCAUCACAAUAAGAUAACCAAAAUUGAAGCUAACAGUUGGCAGUACUGCCCAAAGCUGGUUAAACUAGAUAUGUCUCAUAACAAGCUGAAGGCCAUCGUCAAAGAAUCCUUCAAGAAUCUAAUGGCAACUAAUGUCCUUUUACUGAAAAACAACAACAUUCAGAAUAUAGAAGAAGGAUCAUUCCAUGAUUUGGUGUUUCUCACUGAACUAGAAUUAAGUAACAAUGAACUUUCCUGGACAAUAGAAGAUAUGAAUGGAACCUUCAGUGAACUACAUAAUUUGGAAAGUCUAAGUUUGGAGAAUAAUAAGAUCAAGUCUAUUGCCAAGAAUGCUUUUAAUGGUCUAAUCAAAGUGAAAACUUUAAAUCUUCUCAACAAUGAAAUAUCUACUAUCCAGUCAAACGCUUUUGAGACCAUGGUUGAGAUGGAUUCAUUGAAGUUUUACUCGACUAACUUUCUGUGUGACUGUAAACUAGCCUGGUUAUCACAGUGGUUGAUGGCCAAGAAGUUUGAGAAAUCUGUGACAGCUAGUUGUCAACAUCCUGACGACCUGGAGGGAAAGAGUAUCUUUAGUAUUGAUCCUGAACUGUUUAAGUGUGAUGGUAAUACAUUAAAGCCAGUGAUCAGUAUCAGUCCCCUCUCCAGGAAAGCUGUACAGGGAGAUAACAUUACUCUUACCUGUGAAGCUGUCAGUACCAAGGAUUCAGAUACACAAUUCAAUUGGAAGAAAGACAAUAUAUUACUGCUGAAUCCAUUAACUGAGAACAAAAUAGCAAAAGAUGAUACUAAGAUAAUAAGAUACUCCUCCAAAUUACAUCUUUAUGAACUGAAGGAUGGUGAUUCUGGGGUCUACCAAUGUGUUAUUUUAAACAGCUUUGGUCCAGCAUACUCCAUGAAGGCCUCCAUUGAGGUCCAUGUAUUCCCCCACUUCUCAAAGAAACCAUUUGAUGUAACAGUCAAGGUUGGCUCAGCUGCUCGUUUGGAAUGUUCUGCCACUGGUCGACCAAAUCCAACCAUUUCUUGGUCCAAAAAUGGAGGCGAUGAUUUUCCAGCAGCUAGAGAGAGACGUAUGCAUGUUAUGCCAGAUGAUAAUAUUUUCUACAUCCUUGAUGUAACUAAAUUUGAUGAGGGAACUUAUACUUGCACAGCAAAAAAUGAUGCAGGAUCUAUCAGCGCUAAUCUUAAUCUCACAGUUUUGCAAAUCCCAGCGUUUGUGAGACCCAUGGAAAGGAUUAAGAAAACCCAGGAAGGAGGUACAACAGUGAUAGAAUGUAUGGCAGAGGGUAUCCCCAAACCUAGAUUGACUUGGUAUAAAAGUAACAAACCCCUCGAAUCAAAUCAACAACGAUAUUUCUUUACUGCUGAUAACCAAUUGUUAAUAAUCGUUCAAACCCAGGCCAGUGAUGCGGGAGAAUAUAAGUGUAAUAUGACCAAUACCCUAGGACAUGUCAGUGGUGUGUCUAAGCUUGUUGUGUUCCGUGGAGAUAAACAAAUCUCUGUUGAUCCCAAACCUGGCCCCUUAAUUACAACUCCUAGUGAUGAAUCAACAACAACAGGAAUAAUAAUCAUUGCUGUAGUUUGUUGUGUGGUUGGAACAUCUCUGGUGUGGGUGAUCAUUAUAUAUCAAACAAGAAAGAGACAUGAAAUGUACAGUGCCACACCCACUGACGAGACCACUUUACCCUGUGAAGUGGCAGGUCAAGGGUACCAACCCUAUCCAGAUAGUGGUACCUUGUAUAAUGGUCCUAUGACUGUUCAGGGAUAUCCAUAUCAGGACUAUCAAAUACAGGAAUCUGGGUAUGAAUCAUCAUCUGGACAGUAUCGUGCUCCGAGACCAGCAAUAUUUCCCAGUGAUGUGGAUGAAGAGGAGAAUAAUAUGACAGCUCAGUUAACUUUUCAUGAACAUAAGAAUCGGGAUAACAGUGAUAGUGACAUACAUUAUCCCAAUAGUGAAACAGAUUCAAUGAAAAGUUCUCAGAGUACGAGUAGUACUCAUACAAGUGGACAUCAGACUUUACAGACGUUUCGUCCAAUACUCAGUAAUUCUAAUACUUUUGUAAAUAGAACUCAAUCUCAGUCAGAUUCUUGUGAAAAUUGUGAGAAACAGAGACACUCUUCAAGUGCUGAUAUUCAUUCAUGUUCACAUAAACAAUCUAUACACAGUAUACCUAUACCAAAUGGAGUGGCACUUCAUCAUGGCUCUCUACCUCAGCCACCAGGUUACUCUAGUUUAAGAGAUUCCUCAUGUGUAAUUUGCAAUUGUGAUAAUGAGGUCAGUGGAUGUACUAGUCAACUGUCCCAAACACCACCAUACUCAGAUCCUUGUAAUCAUCAUACCAAAGUACCUUCAUCACCAAAUGGACCACACACUAGCUGCCAUAACUCAUCUAAUACUCCAGACAGUCCAGAGAAAAGCCCACCUGCCAUUCCUCCUAAACAACAUAAACAUUCUCAUUCUAAUAUACGCUCUUUACCCAAUGGGGUCCAUUUAAUGGUCAAUGGAUCUGUUGUCAAUGGUGCUGUAGACAUUUAGUAUUUAUUUUUCAAAUUGUGAUUUGCAUAAUAUUUAAAUAUGAAUUUUGUUAGAUCUUUUUUAAACAGAAUAAGGACAUGUAUUGUUAUAUAGUUCAAAAUCUAUACCGUUUUUUAUGAAAACUGAUCAAUAGUAAUUAUGUCCUAAAUCUAAAAACCGUAAAAUUUCUUGGUUUGUUUUUCAAGUAAGGGCAUUAUCAUUAUUUUGAUUAAAGUGCCAUAAUGUAAAAUUUGUUAUGUAAAUUAUGUGGUAUUUCUAGUUUAAAAUAUGAAUGUACUACAAAUCUUUGCUUGUGAAAAUGAAGUUGGUUUUGAAAAUGUCAGUUUCUCAAAAAAAAUAAUUUUGAAUUUGAUAAAAUUACAUGCUUACUUUUGUCUAAUUUUGAACCAAUUGAAAUUCAUAAGACUGGAUUGUGUCCAAUAUUCAUUGUAAGUAAUGUAAUGAAAAGCUCCUUAGGUGACUACAUUCAAAUUAAAAAAAUCUGCAUCAUUGGCCUUAAGUUCUUUUUUAAUUAGAUUAUUUUACUGAAAAAGACUUUAGUUUGAGUUACUGGUAUUUUGAAUAGUAAAUUUUAUAAUGAAUCUUAAAUGGCAUUUUUUUUUAUAAUUUUGUUAUACAUCAUGUUUUUAUAGAGAACUCAUUUUGUGAAUCAUGUUAAAAUGCAUUAUCUUUGCUGUAUAUAAAUGACGAGAUAUACCUCAGAGAGAGAGCAGAAACUAACUAGUGGCUUUUCUACAAAACAAAUACAUUUCUGUCAAACAGCAUAACAGAAUAUCAAUCCUUUGGAUUUCAAUAGUCUACUUUUUAGAAUACAGUGGUUACAAAUAAUUGAUUAUUUUAGACUUUUUGCCUUCUUACUGUAAAGUUGUACUCUGCAGUCUCAGCGUCCAUGUAAAUGGUAACUGGACUAAACAGUUAUGUCAAAUACAAUUGUGUUCCUAAAAUACAUCCCCCUUUCUAUUUUUAUUUACUGCAGGGAAGUCCUAGUUCAUUUUCAAUGGCUUUAAUUUGUUGAUUUAAUUUUAGAUUAUUAGUAUAGCUGUGUGUAUGUCAUUGAAUCAGCUUUAUGAAAUUAUGAUUUACAAAAAUAUUCUUCUUAUUUAGAUUGAAAUUUUAAAAACAAUAAUUUUUUUAUUCCAUUGGUGUGGUAAAAAAUAAUGCAUUGAUUUGAAAAUAUCUUGAACAAUUAAUUUAAGUAGAGAUUUUAUAUAACUUCUAUUACACAAAUAUUCUGUGUAAGCCAGAAUUACAUUUUGUGCAAGAACAGUUGAAAAAAAACAUUCAACAAAAAAAAGGAUCUUUGGGAACAUAAAAAAUAUACACAAUUUAACACUGUACCAACUCUUCCACAAAAAGGUAAAACAAUGCAUUCAUUCUUGUUUUGAAAUAUUUAUUUAUUAUAUUUCAAGUAGAAGUAAAAUCUAUUGAAAAGCAAAUAAUGAAUGUCUGAAGUAGGGUUUUGUUAAGCAGGUUUAAGAAAUUGUGGCCAUUCUGAUUCAAAUUUUUGAUAAUGUAAAAAUAAACAUGAAUAUUUAUGAAGCUGAUUUAAUUGUGACAUGAUUGUGAUAGAAAUAUUUGUUAUGUACAAAUGUACCAAAGUUAUAAGAUUAAUCCAAUAUUGGGUGCUUAACAUUUCCAGAGACUUGGAAGUUUACUCUAUUUGUUUGUUUGACGAGAAAAUACUUUUUUCUGACCAAGAAAUCCAUAAAGUUGCUGUUCACAAAUUAAAAAAAAUAUAAUAAAUUAUUUUUGUGAAACAUUUACUUGUAAAGGCAAAGGGUAAAAUAUUCAGAUGACCAUAUAAACACACUGAAGUCAUCAUCUAGUAUGAGACCGAUUUCACAAGUUGAAAAAUAUGAGUAACAAUUCUGCAUGUUUUUAAACUUUAAUAUAACAACUUCCGAUAUAUUAGGUGUCAAUAUAAACAUACUCUAUUAACUUAUUCAACAGCAUGUUUCAUUUAAUAUGAAUAGGAGACAUUUUCUAUUAGUGAUAAACACAUAAAAUUUGAAUCUUGGAUUAAACAUCUGCACACAUAAUACAAACCGCAAUGAAGUGUCAAUUUUCCUGGUUUGACAUAACAGCUGUGUGUAUAUUUGGAACAAGAAGAUUAUAUUACCUCUGCAAUACCUCAUGAUAAAGCAACACCUUUAUAUACAUGUCUAAACACUGUUUUAAUGUGCAAAAUUUUCUAAUAUUUCUCUCUGACAUGCAAUUUGUGAGCAUAAAAUUACAAAUUGAUGUAGUAUAUUUUCCUUCAAGUUUAGGUGAAAUAAGGUUAGAUUUCUUCUAAAUGAAAAUUUCACAUAAAAUUUGUACAUGAAAUUGAUAUGUUAAUAUAAAAUAUACCACAAACGUUUUCUACAUUGAUGAAUUUUUGCACUAUCAGUUUCUUUUAUUAAUUGAUUUAAUGUCUCAUAAUUGGAUCAGAUUUCGUUAUUCAACACUCUCUCUUCAUAAAAUUAAUUACUUUAUGCCUCAGAUGUUAGAACAUCUGCAUGUGAGGGAAAAUAUUAUUAAUAUGCAUAUCACAUAUCUGAUAUAAACACUCAGAAUGCCUUUACAAGUAUAUGUUUCAUAUGUUGUUACAAAUGUUUGCCAAAAUAAAACUCAAUAAGAAAUCCAUUCAUCGUUGACAGACCUUCUUUUUUUGUAUGUUGACUUAUGUUUUAGUAAAAAUCAAUUCUUGUGUUAAAAGUAAAUUACAUUGAUUUUUAAAUAAAAGAACAUUAGUUUUGUACAUUUUAUUGUGCCAUUAGUUUGUGCCUUUGAUAUAAUGUGAUAACAUACAUUUCAGUAUUGUAAUCAGAAUGUCGUGUAAUGGGUUCUUUAAAAAUGGUAUCUAUGAUUUAUUUUGUUAUAAUGAUUGAUAUAUGCAAAUAAAAUGUUCAAAGUCAUUUUAUGUAUACAUUGUCAAAUUGAAGUACCAUCUCAUUUGUAUGCAAACUGCUGCAUGUUUGUUAUGUAUUACCAAUGGCCAAAAUAAUGUUCAAUUCUUGUAUUCUUUGAAAAUAAAAAUCAUUUUUAAUAAAAAAUAUAUUAAUAA